AUGAAAAAAUUCAUCCAAUUCCUAAUAUUUAUAAUAUUCCUGCCAAAAAAUGCCGUGGCAUUUUCCGAGGAGACUGUGGAUUUUGAAGUUUCGGAAGGUAAAAGUUUUCACUUUUUCACUUUUUUUUGGUGAAGCAAGGAACUAGUUAUUGCGUAAUAAUAAUAAUUAUUAAAUUGGGGAGAAAAUUAAUAUUUUCUUUUCGACAAGAAAAAAAAAACAAAAUUAAAAAACUUGCAGAUGUCGAGAUAGGGAAAGUUAUUGGAAAAUUAACGAGACUUGAUGGAUUUACUUAUCGAUUAUCUCGCGGGAAUUCGAAAAUACAUUUUGAUCCGGAAACUUUGGAAGUUAGCACAAGUUCAAAAUUGGAUCAUGAAUCGGAAGAUUUGAUUGAUAUGUUAAUUAUAACCAAUCCACCAUCAAUUAUACAUUUAAUGAUCAAAGUUUUGGAUGUGAAUGAUAAUGAUCCACGAUUUUUGAAUGAUUUUCAACAAAUCUCGAUUCCUGAAACUGCACCAAUUGGUUGGCGUGUCUCAUUAUCUGGCGCCAUUGAUCCAGACACAAAUAGAACCAUAAGCAAUUAUACCUUGGUGGAUGAAGAAGAAGAAGAGAAAGAGGCUAGAAUAUUUGGAUUAUUUCAAUCAGAUGGUUUGAUUUAUAUGGAAGUUAUUGAAAAACUUGAUCGAGAAUUGAAAAAUGAAUAUAAAAUGAGACUUGUUGCAAUAGAUGACGGGAUUCCAAGCAGGUAAAUUUUUAGAAAACUCUUCUUUCAAUUCUUUAUUGACCUGGCCCAAAUUCUUUUUCUGAUAGAAAGGAAUUUAAUUUUCUCAUCAAAAUAGGAAUAAAAUAGUUCCGGCUCAUUAAUCUGAAUAAUUAUCUAUUUUUCUUUUUCUAUUUAUUAUUAUUAUUAUUUACCCCCUUCCUCUUACCGAUUCAAUCAUCAACAACACGAAAAAAAUCGUUAUUUUUAUGCUAAUUUUUGAGGGCCGGGAAAAGAACAGACAGGUACCACCCAAUAUAGUUGUUAUAACAAUAAAAACGCCGAAAGUGUAAUUAGCGGUGGGAGGUAGUGAAAAAAAGAGGGAAAAAAUGGAAUGACGAGCAUAUGGUGGGUGAAAUUGCGAGAAUAGAAUAGAGAAUGAGGAUUUUGAACGGGGUAGAGAUUUUUUGGAAACCUAGAAUUAUUUUUGGUUUGAAGGGUUUGAAAAACUCCUAUAUCGAUACUUUAUUCAGCAGGAAUCUGAAAUCCAAAUGACUUAUAGUUUUACAAAAAAAUUUGGAGCUGUAAAACAGCCUGCACCUUAUUUUUAAAUAUUCCAAUUUUAUUUAUUUAAAUUUUAAAUCCAAAGCCAAGUUUUCCAAGAAAUUUCUAAUUCUAGGAGACAAAGUUCUGGAAAUUUAUAGAAUUAUCUAAAAAAAUUUAAGAACACUUUCUAGAUUUUCAUCAAAAUCAUCAAAUUUUUUCAGAAACUCUUCUUGUCUCCUCCAUAUUCAAAUUCUCGACACAAAUGAUAAUUUUCCUGAUUUUGGAAUUCGUUCAAUUGAUAUAAAAUAUAAUCCAAAAACCGAUGGCAACAAAAUAUUUCGGUUAAAUGCAACUGAUGCAGAUGAAGCUGAAAAUGGACGAAUUACCUAUAAAGUGGUGGAAAAUGAUGAUAUUUUUGAAAUAUCGCAAGACAACACUUAUUUGUUAGUGAAAGUGAGUUCUUUUUUUUUGGAAAUAAAAUAUACCUAACUAUAUGUUUGUUUAUUUACUCACACUCCAUGUUCCUUUCAGAACAAUACAAAAUUAGAAGAGGAAACCAAAAACACUCGUGACAAUGAAAAAAAUGAGAAGAAAAAGGUGACAAUUGAGGCGAGUGAUCAUGGUACUCCACCAUUGGUGUCAUUUUUGGAUAUUUGGAUUCAAGUGGUGGAUAAUUUGGAAGGAAAGAGAAAGAAUAGAAAUAUGAAUGAGCCAAAUAUUAAUAUAAGGUGGGUUUUUGAGAAAACAAAUUGGGUUUCGGAUUUUUUUGGGGAAAAGAAGAAAUUGAAGAUGAUCUUUUAG